AUGCGAUUCGUCCAGGUGCCGCGCUCAGGAGGCCGAGUCGGGCCCGAGACCCCGACCGUCACGGAUGCGCUGCUCCUCAGCUGGGCCUUCCGCUCGUCGCGCCGUUGCGAGAUCGCCGUGCCUCGUGACGCCGUCAUGCGCUCUAGCCGUGACAAACUCCUUCGGCUGUGGAUACCACGGCUGGCAGCCUUGCUCUCUGCCAUCUCAGCGGUCGGUGCUGAACUAACUGUACGAGCCCGAAACGGCGGCCAGACGACGCUGCCAUGUCCACUUGAGACGAAGGCUGCGGUUGGCUCGUCCAAGCCGGCCAGCCUGGAAGUCCCACCCGCUGUGUCCGAAUUGCGGUGGACAAGGCUCGAGGACCCGCCCUCCCGACGCACCGUGUACGUGGUGGACGGUGCCGAGGCCGGCGUCUGGCAGGGCGAACACGUGGUGCGACCAGACUGGCAGAGCCGCUCCUACUUCUCCAUCCACAGCGACCCAGCGCUCCUCAAGAUAGGCCGCGUGGCGCUCGCCGACAGCGGCACCUUCGUGUGCAGCGUCACGUUCACCGACGGGCGCCGUGCCAACCGAACAGUCCACCUGAGAGUAAUCGAACCCCCGACUGCCCCUGUGAUCCGAGACGGGAGCGGCGUUGUACUUCACGGCGUCACUAAACCAUAUGAUGAAGGCAUCAGCUUGGCUAUCGUAUGCGAGGUCCGCGGAGGCGAGCCGCGGCCGAAGCUUGUUUGGUCUGGAAGCGGCUAUCAACGCCUGCAGGCGAAAGAGCAAAACAUCCGCGAAGGCAACGUCACGAGAAGCACUCUUCGCAUAGAGUCGUUGGGCAGAGAGGUCCUUUUGGGCACCUUCGUCUGCAGCGUGCAAGAAAUGCCCGAACCUAUGAACAGCUCUUUCGUCAUCGACAUGAAUCUGCGACCGCUGUCAGUGAGGCUGUGGAGCGUGCAGAACACGUCGCGGGCCGAACUUCCUGCCGAGUUCCACUGCCGCGCCCUCGGGUCCCGGCCGGCGACUCAGCUGACCUGGUGGCUGGACGGCGUUCGCGUCGAGCCCUUCUUUCACGAGGACUCGGACAGCGGCAACGACAGUUUCAGCGUGCUGCUGCUCACGCCCACGGCUGACGACCACGGGAGGACUGUGCGCUGCGUGGCCGCCAACCCGCGAUGGCCGAACGACGUCCUCGAGGCGACCUGGACGCUCGACGUCUUAUUCGCUCCCAAUGUGACACUGCGGUUGGGCCGUGGUCUGUCCAAGCCGGUGAUCCAGGAAGGGCGCGACGUGUACCUGGAGUGCGCGACGUCGGCGAACCCUGCCGUGGACGUGUUCCAGUGGUUCCACCACGGCGUUCCUUUAGAAACCAGAGGCAACACCACGGCUGCUGUCUCUUCCGGACACCAGUCGUCUGUCCUGGUGACCGGACCGUACCUCAUCAUGCGGCGCGUGCGACCCUCUCAAGCGGGACCCUACGCGUGCGAGGCCUCUAAUCCGCUGGCCAGAAUGCGUAGCAACGCCGUUCACCUCACCGUCUACUACUCGCCGCGAUGCGAGCGCAUUUGGUCCUCGACGCCGGACGGCGGCAACGAGACCCUGGUCCACUGCCGUGUCCGGGCGCAACCUGCCGACCAGCUGAGCUUCGCGUGGAGCGUCCGGGACGCUGUGGGCGAGCAUCCACUGGCGCAGCGCGGUGCUCUGGCCUCGACCAACGGCUCGCUGAGCGUGCUCAGGAUGCCGCAGCACCGCUCUUACGCUUCCUCCCCUGACGGCGCGGACGCGACGCUGUACUGCCGGGCCCGCAACUCGGUCGGCCUGCAGAGCAGUCCCUGUGUCCUGGCCGUCGACACGGUGGAGAAGCCCAGCCAGCUUCGAGAUUGCAGCGUGAGCAACCAGUCGGACGAGAGGCUGCUGGUUUCGUGUAGGCAGCCCGAACAACGGAGACCGGGGCAAAAAUUUGUGCUCGAAGUUCACAGUUCCGCAUCUGCGCAGCAGCCGCAGGUGCAGCAGCGGCCACCCCUUUCUAAUCUCUCGAGCGACCGACCUGUGUUUUGGAUCCCGAGCUUGGAGCCCGGCGCUGCCUGCCGGCUCGUGCUUUACGCCGUGAGCGCCGGCGGCACCAGGGGACCCGAAGUGCGGCUGUCGCUUCACUCAGACCCAUACACGGCGCCUCUGGCUUCCGCAGACAAAAAACGAAGUGGUGUCACGUCAAAGAGCAUCGGACUCGUUCAAGUGGUUUUGCCGCUCGUCUCGCUACUGCUCACGGCAGGUCGGUGACGUUAGCGACAAAGCACAAACAAGGUGGAUAUCGACUCGGGGAAGCUAUCCCGAAGCACACACUGCGUUCGAGCGAGCAUGGCAGAUGACGCAUUCGCGGAAAGGUGCAACAGCGUCAUCUCCGUCGUGUGUGUCCGUCGUACUCUCCAGCACCACACAUCACAGUGACUCAUGAAUGAGACACUCGCCCGAGCAAACAAUCCUACGGUGCCUCACUGGCACGGUCACGUCGGAGCUUGUUCUGCGGAGCUUGUUCAGAAGCUUGUUCAAGGACUUGCGUGUGUACUGUGGAGAUUGCAAGUGAGGACUCUGCACAGCUUGUCCUUUCGCGCAGUGUUGUUACUCUGUGUGACGUCACGUGUGGCCUACUAUCAUCAGUUCUGUCAUGGACUGAUCAUGUGAUUCAUGUGGUUAUAAUCGGACUGUCACUUCACGGGUACGUAUGUACCGCUGUAGCGGUUUUGGCGUUGCGCGAACAUAUCCUGUCCUGUUAUUUUCGCACGGAUCCUUACUGCGAGUGACAGUAAAUGUUUGUGUUGUCAAUCGCGCAGCACAAGUACUGCAAAUGUAGAAAAAAAAAACACCCAGCAUGCGCACUAGUUAUCUUCCUCCUAUACUGUAUUUAUUUUCCCAGAACCUUUUCACAGCACAUAUGAAAAGAUGGCGGAAGAGCGUGUAGUGCUGCGCUGUUGAUUCCGAAAGACAUCACAGACUGUUGAUCCAGUACGGCGAUAAAAACAAGACCACUUGAAAGAACAUCGUCCGUAAUCCGUUGUCCUUGUUAUGAAAUGAAGCACAGUUUUAUUUUUAGCCACACUGCGGCACCGCUGUACAGUACGUUGUUUCAUUAAAACCGUCGGUAAAAUGC